AGUUAUGUCUUCCUGGAUCUUGCGGAGGAUCUGUUGUUUAUUGUUAGGACUUACUUCCUGAAUAUGAUUUGAGAAACAAAUUCAUUUGGUAGAAACAAAGGCCUUCCAUCGGUGUAAAACAAAGAAUGGAGAACAAACACUUUGACGUCAUGAGCUUCUGACCUUCUGUUCUUGGAAAAUGUCGGCCAGGAGUUCACCCAGAAUGCCUAGCAAGACUUACGCUCAGACCUCCCGGUCUGGACGAUCAGCAAGGUCCGCAAAGUCGGCCCGUUCGGCAGGGCGUUCCUCCAAACAAUCAGGAAAUACCGGAGCCACGCGCCGGUCUUACAACACUAAGCGGCCGGCGCUGCCAAUGCCGGUCAACAACCGCCACUGGCCAGAGGACUUUGGAUUUACGAUAGCCGGAGAUGCCCCGGCUUACAUCAUCACUGUGACGCCCAACAGCCACGCGCAUUCGGCCGGUUUACAACCGGGGGACCAGCUGGUGGAGUUGAACGGGACCACCGUCACGCAGCGGGGUGCCCAGGACAUCCAAGCGAUGGCGCGACAGUGUCCUACAGUCCCGCCGAGUAUCGUGGUGGUCUCCUGCGUCAAAACUGUGGAAAUAGUCCGCGAUCCCAAGGGUCGUUUUGGGAUGACGGUGAUAGGAGCGGGGCCUGUUUACGUCGAGGUUGUCCAGCCUCACGGUGCGGCCGCGCGCGGCGGGCUGAGGCCCGGCGAUAUGGUCCUGGAAAUCAACGGACUACCCAUCAGACAUUCGGACGACACGAAGGUGUUCGUCCAAGGGUCCAACAAACUCCGCAUGCUGAUCAUUCCUGGUGCUGGCCAUCAGAAUGUCCGAAAGCUGGCCCAGAAGUUUGAGGUCCAAGCGAGGGACAGGUCCACACGGGCAGAGACAUUCUUCAGAAAGUUGGAUGGUGUUUUCUAUGACGAUCCCCUGAGGAAGGACGCCCUCGUUUCCCUUCUGAAGCAAUAUGCCAAGGACAAGAGGGUGGAUCACUUCGGGCGUGCCCUGGCCUCGCUACUGACCACGCCCGCACAGAGACUGCUAUUUGAAGACAUCAGAAUUUUUGUCCCUCCGAAGCACCGAGCGAGGUUUGAUUACCUCGUCAGUAAAGAUCCUCCAAUAUCCGGCAAAAGGGUUAUUCAGAUUGACCGCAGGGGCGGCUCCUUUGGAUUCAUGCUGGUCGGCCACAGUCCCGUCAUGAUAGAGUCCAUCGACCCCGGCGGUGCUGCCGAGAAGGCAGGGCUGCGCCCUGGUGAGCGCAUCAUGCGACUCAACGGGCUGGACGUGAGGAGGAAGACCCAUGAUGAGCUCAUCCUCUUGCUGAAGGGUAGCGGGAGUGCUCCCACGAUUGCCGUUGAGUCCGGACCGACCAUGCCUUCAAGUGGUUACUCCAGUGCUCCGUCAGUGACCACCCGCAGCGUGACCACGGCCAGCGAGGUGUCUGCCAUCUCCAACUGGCUGUCUGAGUCGGCUCUGAGUAAAGGCACCGUGGAUGAGCUAGGGGACGUCAAGACCGGCCCCAUGUCUAGGAAGGACCUGUACGCAGUGGGCAGGACCUUCAAGGAAAUGAUGGAACAUCAUCUUACUGGCCAAGAAAGGAAAAUGGUGAAAAGAGCUCUGCAGGAAUAUCACCAAUGCAGGAACUUGGAUGGGUUGAUCGUGGAGCUGUUCCCAGUUCUGGACACCAACGCUAAGAGGACGCUGUGGCCGUACAUCAUUCAGAUCCUACCAGAGGAGGAGCAGGAAGUCUGCAAGAGAAAGGUCAUCUACCUGAUCGACAGGCACGCUGCAGAUGCCGUGUACGGGUCAAGGGGGCAGUGGUGGGCGCGCCCCUCCAACGAACACCCCGACACGAUGCUGUCACGCAACUAUUCCAAAUCCAACUUCAAUAAGACUGCUAGCUACAACGUCGCGCCCACCAACGGGGACGUGAUCUUUGGCAGACGAGAGGAUGAAUUCCAGUCAGUAUCAGACGCAACUUUGCUGCUCGAGCAGGACCAGUAUGAGCGAGCUAGACGACACCGUCGAUCGUUAGACUAUGAUGAGCCACCCAAGUUGCUUAGCAACAGGAGACUAGACCAUUCUUUUGGGGGAUACUCACUUCGCGAUCCAAGUGUAGUCUCAGGGCUAACAUCCGAUCGCAGCCCAGAGGACAGCGCCCCCGACUCGUACCCCUACCCAUCAUUCCCCGAAACUCCCCAAUACCCCCGCCGGCCGCGAUACUCGCGGCAGAACUCGCCCGACGAGUACACCCAGUACGAGGACUGGCUGCGAUACCAGCACCAGUCGCGAGGUGAAACCCGUGACGUUCCCAGACAGCGGUUGCCCCGGCCCCGCAGUGUUGGUAAUUUGCCAAGAGGCCGAAGGGAUGAACGGCAGCAGUACGGUAGACCGCACCGGCCCAGAACGCGCAGUGUCGGGGAGGAACUGCAUCCCCGAUACGACGACCAAUUCUACGACCCGCAAUACCCCCCUCCCAUGGCUUACUACUACGGCACCGGCCCCAGGAUACGCGGCCACAACGACGUCCUCACCGGCGACCCUAAUGUUUAUCCCAUCCCACGAGAUUAUCCAAGGGAUUAUCCAGCCCAGGAUUAUCCAGCCCAGGAUUAUCCAGGGGAUUAUCCGGGGGAUUAUCCGCCUUCUUCCCCAUCUGAUGAAGCUACAUCGGAUGCACAACCACGAGUUCUACACGGCAUGUAUUUGCCUGGAUUUAGCGAAGGCGAAGAUGAGACAGAUUUUACCGACUACCCUUCUGUCAGUGAGACUUCGUACCCCCACCAGCAUCAUUCAAACCCCGCCCACCGUAAACCGCCAUCCCAUCAUGGUAGUAAACCUCCGUCCAAGACACGCCCCUCUUACCCCCUGGAGAGCGAAGCCUUAGGGCUCCAUUUGGCCCCCCAGCCUGGCCAUGAUAGACGGAAACGGGGCAGUCUGUAUACUGUAAACCCUGAACAACUUGAAGUUGUUACGAGUAUGCUUUCGGAUGACGACUCGGUCUCCAUGCAAAGCUCAGCCAGUCAGGCCCAUUCCUCCAACCAUCCUGGAUUCAACGCCAAUAACAACACGUCGAUUCUUGUCAACGGCCGCGCGGGCCCGUCAUCGGCGCCUUCCAAUGCCAGGGCUACCUACGCGCCUUCGGUCGACGGCAGCGAGCGACUCAGGCUCCGCCCCCAUCCUUCUAGCUCUACGCCCAACGGGAGAGCGCCCUCCCCUCCCGGUAGCUUCGUAUCCCACGCGAGCAGCCGCUAUUCUUUAACCUCGCAUCAUUCCAGUUCCCACGCGUCCGUCUUGAGUAACGCGUCCCGGCCGAAGCAGCUGCAGCGGCCCAUCUCCCCGCCGCCCCCUCCCCCACCUCCCCCUCCGCCUCUGCCCCCACCGGCCCCGCCCCUUCCGGAGGUCAAUAACAACAACCCGGGAUGGCAUCCGGGCAAGAUGGCGGUCAAGCGGUUAAACUGGGAGAAAAUACAGGCUACGGAAAACACGGUGUGGAGUGGGAUUGGUGAAGGGGAGGACUAUUUGUCUGAUGUCAUCAAACGUCUGGAAUUGGAGGAGAAAUUCAGUGUCAAAAACAAACAUAAGACUUCUCCAAAAGACAAGAAACCACAGAUUGCCGUCAUCAACCACAAGAAGGCCCAUAACACAGCAAUCUUGUUGGGCCACCUAAGGUUGCCCAUAGAGGAUAUCAAGGCUGAUAUCAUACAAAUGAAUACAGACAAGUUUUCAACGUCACACUUGCAACAGAUGGCUUUAUAUGCACCGGACCAUGCUGAGAUUGAGAAGCUGAAGAAAUGUGGCAGCAGACUGUCUCAGCUGACAGUACCAGACAAGUUUGCCUACGAGAUGAGCCAGAUCCCUGGCUAUAAGCUCCGCAUAGAGAGCUUGCUCUUCAAAUCCAGCUUUGACGAGAAACUGGAAGAGAUAUCCAAAUUGCUGAAGGUGAUCGAGCAGGCCGCCAUCGAGCUGCGCGCCAGUCAGAAACUCGCUAAGGUUCUAGAGUUGGUACUGGCGAUGGGGAAUUACAUGAAUAAAGGAAACCAGCGGGUUGCCGGGGCAACAGGCUUCAAAAUCACCUUCCUUACUGAGCUUGACACGACAAAGACAGCAGACAACAAGUCCACGUUUCUCCAUGUUGUUGCUAAGGCCGUGUAUGCAAAUGUGCCGGAGGUCAUGACCUUUGGGGACGAGCUUCCCAUGGUUCCCAAGGCCAACAAAGUGUCAUUAAAAUGGGUGAACGACGAACUUCAAGAGGUCAAAAACAAACUAGAGGACUUGGUGCUGGACAUAGACAAACUGGAGCCAGGAGACACUACACAGCUCCCUGACGACCGAUUCACUGAAGUCAUGGAUAGUUUUACUGAUGAGGCGCGAGAUCGUCUGGAGGCCAUCGAGUCCUUGCAUGCCAAGGCUCAAGAGGAAUUCAACAAGACAGCCCAGUACUUUGGAGAAGACCCGGCCUCUACCGAGAGCGAUUCCUUCUUUGGAAUAUUCUCAGUUUUCACGUCAAAGUUUGCAAAAGCGCACAGCGAAAACAUGCAGAAAAGCAAGUCGCCUUGAGGUUUGCCUUUGGCCAGAAGAAAAAUAAAUGAAUAAAACUAGAGGCUGCUUGGUUGAAUCGACCAAUAGGAAGAGAGCUAUGACUGACAUAGUAGUCACAUGACCAAAAUGUCAGCCAAUCACACGACUGGAUGUUGAAGAACAGGACCAUGAUGGCAUGAUACACAUACAUGCUGUUAAACCUGGAAAUAAGUAGUUGGGUCAUGUGACAUUACCAAAUCAGUCAUGUGACCAAUGUCAAAGGCCAGGAGCUGGGACGACUGUAUAAUUGAUUAAUUUUGUUUUAUGUAGAAUUGUUUAUCUGUAAGUUCACCCAGAUGUCUUGCCCCAUUGUUUUAAUGUGAUGAAUACAUUUUUGGAAUGUCUGUUCAAAUUGUAUCAUUAUUUGUGUAUUGUUUUUAUUUGUUUAUAUUAUUUUACAUGCCAUAUACUGAGUUAACGUCAGUGCUUAACGUGUGUUGAAUUUUGCAAAAUAUUUGCUGAAAUGUAGUAGUUUGCAGUUAGUGUUGUGUUUAAAGUGUUGUGUGAAUCAAGUCAGAGUAAAGCUGAUGUUUAAAAAAAACUUAUUUGUUUCUAUAAUUUUGAAGUUCUUAUUUAUCUUGAAUUCCAGUUAUUACUUGUGUUUAAUUUCUGUUUCAGUCAUAACCAUGCAAUUCAGGCGAUUCACAAUGCAGUGCGCCACCAAGAGUUUGCCAUGGAGAGUCCAUUUUUCAAGUUUACGGUCGACAAAACGCGGUCCAUUUGAAUGAGUGUCAGUAGACAAUUUGAGCUAAUUUUGUUAUAGAUUCGGACAUAGCGUUCUGCCGCCUUACAAAAAACACCAUAUUGAUCAAAAGAAAAAAACGGCGAACAUAUAUUCGAAUCAUACUCUUACGAAACUACUGACCGAAAAAAACUAACAAUUUCAAAUGUCCCGGGCUGCGAAUUUGUCGACCAUCUCCCACAAUGCACUGGGGAAAAUGAACUCUCUGUGGCAAACUCUUGGUGAAUUGGUGAAUCGCCCGAAUUCAGCUUUCAGCUGCAAAUUGGUUUAAUAAAUAUGAAUGAAUGUAUGAAUGAAAACCCUUUGGAUCUCUAUCCUGAACCUACAAUGUAAUUAAACUGCCCAAAACUGGUGUGGAAAAAAA